AAGUCCGCACUAUAAUCCAUGCAUUAUUAAAAAAAUGAUCUUUGUUACAAAUUGGGGAAACAUUAUUCUAAUCAUUAUAUUGUCCUUGCAAGUUAAAAAAAAAAAAAAACAGAGCUGGUCCACUCGUUUUAAACUCCCGGCGAUCGAUUUUCACGGCGAGAAAUGUCGUCGGCGAUUUGCUUUGCUUUACUCACCACCUUCACGAUCCUCUUGUCGUAUUCGAGCUUGUCUGAUGGAUUACAACCUCGUAGGAUUUCUCAUGGCUUGACGGAAAGUAGCAAGUACUUGACGAGGGAUGAGCUCUGGUUCAAUCAAACCCUAGAUCACUACUCUCCAUCUGAUCAUCGCAAAUUCAGACAGCGAUACUAUGAAUAUCUUGACCAUCUACGAGUUCCAGACGGACCUAUCUUUAUGAUGAUCUGUGGCGAAGGACCUUGCAAUGGAAUCCCCAAUGACUAUAUAACUGUGUUAGCAAAGAAGUUUGAUGCAGGCAUUGUUUCACUCGAGCAUCGUUACUACGGAAAGAGCUCACCGUUUAAGUCAUUAGCCACUGAGAAUCUCAAGUAUCUUUCAUCUAAACAGGCUCUUUUCGAUUUAGCUGCUUUCCGCCAAUAUUACCAGGACUCUUUGAAUGUUAAGUUUAAUAGAAGCGGCAAUGUUGAGAAUCCGUGGUUUUUCUUUGGAGCGUCUUAUUCUGGAGCUUUAAGUGCUUGGUUCCGGCUUAAGUUCCCUCAUUUGACCUGUGGAAGCCUUGCUAGUUCCGCAGUUGUUCGUGCUGUCUACGAAUUCCCUGAAUUUGAUCAACAGAUAGGUGAGUCAGCUGGACCGGAAUGUAAAGCUGCACUACAAGAGACUAAUAAACUCUUGGAACUAGGGCUUAAAGUGAAUAACAAGGCUGUGAAAGCUCUCUUCAAUGCCACCGAGCUUGACGUUGAUGCUGAUUUUUUGUACUUGAUAGCAGAUGCAGAAGUUAUGGCGAUCCAAUAUGGAAACCCAGAUAAACUAUGUGUACCACUCGUGGAAGCUCAUAAGAAUGGUGGUGAUUUAGUGGAAGCAUAUGCUAAAUAUGUUAGAGAGUUUUGUAUGGGAGUCUUCGGGCUGAGCUCUAAAACAUAUAGCCGGAAACAUCUGCUAGACACUGCGGUAACCCCAGAGAGUGCAGAUAGGCUUUGGUGGUUCCAAGUUUGCACUGAAGUGGCGUAUUUCCAAGUGGCACCUGCAAAUGAUAGCAUCCGGUCUCAUCAAAUCAAUACAGAGUAUCAUUUGGAUCUAUGCAAGAGUCUGUUUGGGAAAGGUGUUUACCCUGAAGUCGAUGCAACAAACCUGUACUAUGGAAGUGAUAGAAUUGCUGCGACCAAGAUUAUCUUCACAAAUGGGUCACAGGAUCCAUGGCGUCACGCAUCCAAACAGACCUCAUCUCCUGAACUGCCUUCUUACAUUGUGACUUGUCACAACUGUGGCCAUGGAAGUGAUCUCCGUGGAUGCCCUCAAUCUCCCAUGGUCAUUGAAGGUGAUUCCAAGAAUUGCAGUUCACCAGAUGCAGUGAACAAAGUAAGGCAACAUAUAGUAGAACACAUGGACUUGUGGCUCUCCGAGUGUCGUGGAGGGAUUAGGAGUUCCAUGUAAAGUCACACGAACUGCGGUUCUGCAGAUAAAUAAAACCAUUAGAUGUAUGUUCCAAACUUGUAUCUGUGUUACUCUGAUGUAUGUUUCGAACUUGUCGAUACGGACCUAAUACAGUAGUUUACACGAUUAGACGAUA